AUGGUAUUUCUCCACUUCCUAGUUGUCCUCUUCGCUGCUGCUCAGGGAGCCAGCGGGAGCGACUCUAUUGAAGCGACUGUGAUCAGCAAUCAGGCCUACGAUCCCUCUAUGAACGACAAUCAUUUGCAAGUGUUCAAAAAUCUGCUGAACGACUACAUAAAAACGAAGAAAAUGUCUUUCAAGAAGAAUCAGGUACAAGAAAAGGUGAUCAAUGUGGGAGGCAAAUUCUCCCUUUUUUACACUUUGACCAAUUUUGACUGCAAUGGGUUUAUCGACUUCGCUCGUGAGGGUAAAAGCAAUGCAAGAUUCGUUAAAACUAUAAAAGUUAAAUGUGGAGGCAAGCCGGAGACAACUAUCAAUUAG